AUGGGGUGCUGCCCAGGGGACUGCUUCACCUGCUGCACGGAGGAGCAGGACUGCUGCGAGACCUGCUGCUGCCAGCCCGGCUGCUGCGGCUGCUGCGCGUCCUGGGGCUGCGGAGGCGGCUGCUGCGGGGGCUGCUGUGGCUCCAGCUGCUGCGGCUCCACGGGGUGCUGCGGCCCUGUUUGCUGCCAGCCCACGCCUGUCUGCGACACGAAGUGAAGACCUGCCUCUGCCCUCUCCACUGAGGCAGCCCCAGGGAAGGCCUCCAUCUGCUCCGGUGGAGACUUUCCAAGACACUGUCCUGCCUCCUGUGUUAUUUGUAGAGGAGGCUAGUGCUUCAACGACCUUCCAAGACAGUGUCUUCAAGGCCUUCCAAGACAGUGUCUCCAAAACCUUCCAAGACAGUGUCUCCAAGACCUUCCAAGACAGUGUCUCCAAGACCUUCCAAGACAGUGUCUCCAAGACCUUCCAAGACAGUGUCUCCAAGACCUUCCAAGACAGUGUCUCCAAGACCUUCCAAGACAGUGUCUCCAAGACCUUCCAAGACAGUGUCUCCAACCUUCCAAGACAGUGUUCUUGCCUCCAUGUUAUUUGUAGAGGAGGCUAGUGCUCCAACACCUGCC